UCAGGAAAUGUGAGCGGGGCUGAUGGAAGCUGAUAGGCAGGGCUGGAGUGUGAGCCCCAGCACUGGAUGUGACAGCAGCGGGCAGAGGAGCACUUAGCAGCUUAUUCAGUGUCCGAUUCGGAUUCCGGCAAAGAUCCAAGUAUGGAAUGGUGCCGUCGGGCAGCUCCUGGCACACCGCUGCUCUUUCUGGCUUUCCUACUCCUGAGUUCCAGGACUGCACGCUCCGAGGAAGACCGUGAAGGCCUCUGGGAUGCCUGGGGCCCUUGGAGUGAGUGUUCCCGAACCUGUGGAGGAGGUGCCUCCUAUUCCCUGAGACGCUGCCUGAGCAGCAAGAGCUGUGAAGGAAGAAAUAUUCGAUACAGAACAUGCAGUAAUGUGGACUGCCCACCAGAAGCAGGUGAUUUCCGAGCUCAGCAGUGUUCUGCUCAUAAUGACGUCAAGUACCAUGGCCAGUUUUAUGAAUGGCUUCCUGUAUCUAAUGAUCCUGACAACCCAUGUUCACUCAAGUGCCAAGCAAAAGGAACCAGCCUGGUUGUCGAAUUAGCACCGAAGGUCUUAGAUGGUACACGAUGCUAUACAGAAUCACUGGAUAUGUGCAUCAGUGGCCUAUGCCAAAUUGUUGGCUGUGAUCACCAGCUGGGAAGCACUGUCAAGGAGGAUAACUGUGGAGUCUGCAACGGAGAUGGGUCCACCUGCCGGCUGGUCCGAGGGCAGUAUAAAUCUCAGCUCUCUGCAAGUAAAUCGGAUGACACCGUGGUUGCCAUUCCUUACGGCAGCAGACACAUCCGCCUUGUCUUAAAGGGGCCAGAUCAUUUGUAUCUGGAAACCAAGACGCUCCAGGGAACUAAAGGUGAAAACAGUCUGAGCUCUACAGGCACAUUCCUUGUGGACAAUUCUACAGUGGACUUCCAGAAACUUCCAGACAAAGAAAUACUGAGGAUGGCUGGGCCACUGACAGCAGAUUUCAUCAUCAAGAUCCAUGACUCGGGACCUGCAGACAGCACAGUCCAGUUCAUCUUCUACCAGCCUAUCAUCCACCGAUGGAGGGAAACAGACUUCUUUCCUUGCUCAGCAACGUGUGGUGGAGGUUACCAGCUGACGUCUGCCGAGUGCUAUGAUCUCCGGAGUAGCCGUGUGGUGGCUGACCAGUACUGUCACUACUACCCUGAAAACGUCAAGCCCAAACCCAAGCUUCAGGAGUGCAACUUGGAUCCUUGUCCAGCCAGUGACGGAUACAAGCAGAUCAUGCCUUAUGACCUCUACCAUCCCCUUCCUCGGUGGGAGGCCACCCCGUGGACCGCGUGCUCCUCCUCGUGUGGGGGGGGCAUCCAGAGCCGGGCAGUUUCCUGUGUGGAGGAGGACAUCCAGGGGCAUGUCACUGCAGUGGAAGAGUGGAAAUGCAUGUACACCCCUAAGAUGGCCAUCGUACAGCCCUGCAACAUUUUUGACUGCCCUAAAUGGCUGGCACAGGAGUGGUCUCCGUGCACAGUGACCUGUGGCCAGGGCCUCAGAUACCGUGUGGUGCUCUGUAUUGACCACCGAGGAAUGCACACAGGAGGCUGCAGCAUGAAAACAAAGCCCCACAUAAAAGAAGAAUGCAUCAUUCCCACACCCUGCUACAAGCCCAGAGAGAAACUUCCAAUAGAGGCCAAGCUGCCAUGGUUCAAGCAAGCCCAGGAGCUAGAGGAAGGAGCUGCUGUGUCUGAAGAGCCUUCGUUCAUUCCAGAAGCUUGGUCUGCCUGUACUGUCACCUGUGGUGUGGGAACCCAGGUGCGAAUAAUAAGAUGCCAGGUGCUCCUGCCUUUCUCUCAGUCUGUGGCUGACCUGCCUGCGGAUGAAUGCGAAGGGCCCAAGCCAGCAUCACAACGCGCCUGUUAUGCGGGACCGUGCAACGGAGAAACUCCUGAAUUUAACCCAGAUAAUGGAGACAGACUCUUGGGUGGCCUGCAGGACCUGGAUGAGCUGUAUGACUGGGAAUAUGAGGGCUUCACCAAGUGCUCUGAGUCAUGUGGAGGAGGUGUCCAGGAGGCUGUGGUAAGCUGCCUGAACAAACAGACCCGGGAGGUUGCUGAUGAGAACCUGUGUGUGACCAGCCGACGGCCCCCACAGCUCCUGAAAUCCUGUAACUUGGAUCCCUGCCCAGCAAGGUGGGAAAUUGGCAAGUGGAGUCCAUGCAGCCUCACCUGUGGGGUUGGCCUGCAAACCAGAGAUGUUGUCUGCUCCCACCUACUCUCCAGAGAGAUGAACGAGGUGGUUGUCCUGGCUGAUGAACUGUGCCAUCACCCCAAACCUAGCACAGUGCAAGCUUGCAACCGCUUCAAUUGCCCCCCAACCUGGUACCCUGCACAAUGGCAGCUGUGUUCUAGAACCUGUGGAGGAGGGAUUCAGAAACGUGACGUUCUUUGCAAGCAGCGUAUGGCUGAUGGCAGCUUCCUGGAGCUUCCAGAGACUUUUUGUUCAGCCUCCAAACCAACCUCCCAGCAAGUGUGCAAGAAAGAUGAUUGCCCCAGUGAGUGGCUUCUCUCAGACUGGUCAGAGUGCUCUGUGAGCUGUGGGGAGGGCACCCAGACUCGAAGUGCCAUUUGCCAGAGGGUGCUGAAAACCGGGGUCUCCACUGUUGUCAAUUCCACUCUGUGCCCUCCCCUGCCCUUCUCUUCCUCCAUCAGACCCUGUAUGCUGGCCACCUGUGCAAGGCCUGGAAGGCCUUCCACCAAACACAGCCCUCACAUCGCAGCUGCACGAAACAUAUACAUCCAGACCCGCAGGCAGAGGAAGCUGCACUUCGUUGUAGGAGGAUUUGCUUACUUGCUUCCCAAGACUACCGUGGUGCUUCGGUGUCCCACCCGCAGAUUCCGCAAGCCCCUCAUCACCUGGGAGAAGGACGGCCAGCACAGCAUCAGCUCCGCUCAUGUCACCGUGGCCCCUUUUGGCUACCUGAAGAUCCAUCGCCUCAAGCCCUCAGAUGCAGGCAUCUACACCUGUUCUGCAGGGCCCGCCCGGGAGCAGUUUGUGAUUAAGCUCAUUGGAGGCAACCACAAGCUCGUGGCCAGGCCCCUGAGCCUUUGGAGUGAGGAAGAGGAGGCCUUGCAGGUGAGGAAGGCUAAUCCAAAGGAGGCCUUGCAAACCCACAAACACCAAAAUGGCAUCUUCUCCAACGGCAGCAAAGCUGAGAAGCGUGGCCUCACUGCAGAUCCUGGAAACCGCUAUGAUGACAUUGUGUCUAGGUUGUUGGAGCAGGGCGGCUGGCCAGGAGAGCUCCUGGCCUCAUGGGAUGUACAGGACUCUGCAGAAAGGAACGCAUCCUCAGAAGAGGAUCCCAGUGCUGAACAGGCCCUCCUACAUCUCCCCUUCACCAUGGUGGCCGAGCAGAAGCGUCUGGAUGACAUCCUCAGGAACCUGUCCCAGCAGCCAGAGGAGCUACGGGACCUCUACAGCAAGCACCUGGUGGCCCAGCUGGCCCAAGACAUCUUCCGAAGCCAUCUGGAAAACCAGGAUAUGCUUCACAAGCCCUCUGAGCAGAGGUUUCCUCCCAUGGCUAUCCCACCUCACAAACAUGUUUCUAGCUUCAGCAGCUCCCUAAGGAGCUCCUCUGGAGAGGCUGGGGGUGGCUCCCGCAGACCUCAUCGCAAGCCCACCAUCUUGCGGAAGAUCUCAGCAGCACAACAACUCUCAGCCUCCGAGGUAGUCACCCACCUAGGGCAGACUGUGGCACUAGCCAGCGGAACCCUGAGUGUGCUUCUGCACUGUGAGGCGGUAGGCAACCCAAGACCCGCCAUCCACUGGACCAGGAACGGAGAAGCUGUUCAGUUCAGUGACAGGAUUCUUCUACAGCCAGAUGAUUCCUUACAGAUCUUGGCACCAGUGGAAGCUGAUGUGGGUUUCUAUACUUGCAAUGCCACAAAUGCCUUGGGAUAUGACUCUGUCUCCAUUGCUGUCACAUUAGCAGGAAAGCCACUAGUGAAAACAUCCCGACUGACUAUGCUCAACACCGAGAAGCCUACAGUCACUGUGGAUAUUGGCAGCACCAUCAGAACCAUUAAAGGAGUGAAUGUGACAAUUCACUGCCAAGUGGCAGGUGUACCUGAAGCUGAAGUCACUUGGUUCAGAAAUAAAAGCAAAUUGAGUUCCUCCCAGCAUCUGCACGAGGGCUCCUUGCUCCUCACAAAUGUGUCCUUCUCUGACCAAGGCCUGUAUUCCUGCAGGGCAGCCAAUGUUCACGGAGAACAGACAGAGAGUACACAGCUCCUGAUUCUAGAUCCCCCCCAAGUCCCCACACAGUUGGAAGACAUCAGGGCCUUGCUCUUAGCCACUGGACCGAACCUUCCUUCGGUGCUUAUGUCCCCUCUGGGAACACAGCUGGUCCUGGAUCCUGGGAAUUCCGCUCUCCUUGGCUGCCCCAUCAAAGGUCACCCCACCCCCAAUAUCACCUGGUUCCAAAAUGGCCAGCCAAUUGCCACUGCCCCAGAGCUGACCCACCACAUCUGGGGAGCUGGACAGAUCCUCCGUGUUGCCAAUCUCAGUGGAGGACCUCAAGGGGAGUUCAGCUGCCUGGCUCAGAAUGAAGCAGGGACACUCGUGCAGAAAGCGUCUUUGGUGAUCCAAGAUUACUGGUGGUCUGUGGAUAGACUGACCACCUGUUCAGCAUCUUGUGGUAAUAGAGGUGUUCAUCAGCCGCGCCUCAGGUGUUUACUGAACAACACAGAGGUUGACCCUGAGCACUGUGCAGGAAAGCCUCGGCCCGCUGUGCAGCCUGUCGCCUGCAACCGGAGAGACUGUCCUUCUCGAUGGAUGGUGACAUCCUGGUCCGCCUGUACCCGGAGUUGUGGUGGAGGUGUUCAGACCCGCAGGGUGACCUGUCAGAAGUUGAAAGCUUCUGGUAUUUCCACCCCAGUGUCCAAUGACAUGUGCACCCAACUGGCCAAACGGCCUGUGGACACCCAAGCCUGCAAUCAGCAGCUGUGUGUGGAAUGGGCUUUCUCCAGCUGGGGCCAGUGCAAUGGGCCUUGCAUAGGCCCUCGCCUCGCUGUGCAGCACAGACAGGUCUUCUGCCAGACCCGGGAUGGCAUCACCUUACCAUCAGAGCAGUGCAGUGCCCUCCCCAGGCCUGUGAGCACCCAAAACUGCUGGUCAGAGGCCUGCAGUGUACACUGGAGGGUCAGCCUCUGGACCCUGUGCACAGCAACCUGUGGCAAUUAUGGCUUCCAGUCCCGGCGGGUGGAGUGUGUUCACGUGCGCACUAACAAGGCUGUGCCUGAGCACCUGUGUUCCUGGGGGCCCCGACCCGCCAACUGGCAACGCUGCAACAUCACUCCGUGUGAAAACACUGAGUGCAGAGACACCACCAGGUACUGCGAGAAGGUGAGACAGUUGAAACUCUGCCAGCUCGGCCAGUUCCGAUCCCGCUGCUGUGGAACGUGUGGCAAAGCAUGAAGACAGGGCACAGGGAUGAACUCUACCCUGGCCACACAGAGGACUCAUACAACCACCUUGGACAUGACUUACGCUUUCUCCCUUUUAUUUAUUUAUUUUCCCCUCCCCACACACCCAUGUCCACCUGCACCCAUGCUCCUGGGGACCUUGGCGUGUUUUCUUAUUCAGUUAGCUGGAAGCAAGUGUUGAGAACAUUAAAAGAGAUGUCUAAAGGAGGGUUGCAGAGCAGGCCAGGCAGACAGCAGCUCCCUUGCAGAGCUGGCUUCUUCCCGAUCUCGGUCUGCAGAGACACAGGAAGAGCAAGCCAUAACUAUAGGGACAGCCAGGAGUUUAUAACACAUAGGUACAGGCACAGGCCAACCAGGAGUGCCAUUCCUUUGUUCCCUGGUGGUUAGAACAGGGGAGCAGCAUACUAGAGCAGAAACCAGGUUAGAAUUCAGUUCUUCUGAUGGCAGGGUGGGAAACCAAGAAGAGAUCUGAGCUGUGCACAGGUGAGUUAUGUCAAAAGAGACAAGCAAAAUAGGCAGAAGGCAUACAGUUAUGGAGAAGACAGAGGCUGGGAAGAGAGAGGGAAGGGAAGCUUGUGUGUGCUCCUCAGUGAGAGGAGCUUGCAGGCAGGACAGAUUGUUCAAGCAGCCACAUGAGACCCGUAGGACAAACCUGUGCCCUGGCACAUAUGUACAGUCCUGUAGGUUCAACAGAGGUGAGGAAGGGUAUUCAGUGUCCUCUCAGGUCACCCUGACAGGUGUGCCCUCAUGCGAUUAUACAAGUGUCUCUACUCCCUCUUUCUAUCAAGUGACUUUUGUGUCUGCAGCUGUGGAAAACACAAGGGGUCUGGGUCUGGCUGUGUAGUAAGGUUGCCUCUGGCAUCUCCUUACCAAAAUCAAGGGUCACUAGCCCUGAACUAACUGCUGCAGUAGGCCAAGGGCAUUUGAGGAUGAGUACUCUUGGUUUUCCAUCUGAAUGACUUUGCUGCCCCUUGUUGGGCCAGAGACUGGAAUCAUUGCUCACAAAGGAUUCAUUAAGCAACCUGUUUGCUGACAAACAUCUAUAGGGUGUUGGAACCUUUGCCAGAGAUCGGGAGAGGACAGAGGGGUCAUGCACGCCCUCAGCCUGCCUUCCUCUCCCAGCCAUCAUGCAUUGGGCCUGGAAGCCCUCCUGAACCACAGAAGAGCUGCUAUGCGUCCUAUUUGUGCAGCAGGCUGGGAGUAGGGAGCAUGAUAAGGUGCUAUGGCAAAGCCAGAAGAUAGCUAAAGACUCACAAGACAGCCCUUGAAAGCUUUGUAACCAUCCUCCCAACUACACAAAUACUAUGGUAAUUAGCACACCAGACUGGGUGAAUGGACCACUCAGCAGGCUAAGCAGCACACACAAUUCAGCAACACGCAUCAGCUAUGGCUAUGACUAAAACAGAAGCCCUUGGCAAAUCCUCAGUCUGCAGAGAAGCUUCGACAGUGAUAUUUGCUUCCUUCCUGAGCGGCCUUAGUUUAGCAGAUGAGGCAGGCAGAGCCCAGUAGCCAUCAGAGAAGCUGCCCCUCACAAACACACUCACCAAAUGCUAUCAUCCCAGGGCCACCACUGACAGCGGGGCUGCAUUUCCCAGCCAGCCUGGAAGUUAAGUUUGGAAGAUGAUGUUAAUCUGUGUCUUCUUAGGUGUGCUAUGGACAGUUAGGGUAGGCCUCUUCCUCAUCACAAAAAUAGGCUCUAAGAAAUUGUGUUAUUAAAAGUCAGUGUAAUGUUUAUUUAAAAUUAAAGAGAGUGUUUCUAUGUAUAUCUUUUGUGAAUAUUUAUUAGGAUUUCUUGUAUUAAAAAGUGCAAUAUUAGUAAUUGUACAUUGUCAUCCAGAAAAAUAACUCUUUGGGGGAUUUUUAUUAACUUCCUGCAGCUGUGUUCCUAAAAACUCUGUGGCGAUAAUUGUAUUCUUCCUAAUUUUAAAAGAAACAAAACAGAUGUUUAACUCUGAUCCACUGUAUACGGAGAACCUUGUAAAACCUAAUGUGGGAUUGGGGGAGAGCAAUAGGGCCGAUUCAUUUGUGACACUAGUUAUACAUGAAAUGAACACAAAUUCUGUAAUACUAAUACAGUUGAUUAGUUCAGUAGCUAUGAAAAAUUGGUGGUCAGUGUUUGAAUUUUCUAAAAAGCAGGCAUCUUCCAGCUCUGCCACCAUCCGAAUGUGAGGUUGGAAGUGCCUUUCAGAAGAAGUUGGAGAGCUUAGGUUUGGAGUGGAAAGCAGUGUGCUUCCUUGCAUGACAUGAAUGUACAUUUAAUAUUUGUUCUGUGAAUUGUGACUCAGCAGUACCACAAAUUAUCGGGGCUGCUGGAUAAUGUGGAAGGAGACACUUCCUCCUCUAAAACACAAAACUGUAUUUAUAUUUUUUGUACAGAUAAUACAGCUUAUUUAUUUAAA